UCACGGGCUGCUUCCUGGGGGUGGAGGCCUGGUCGAGGACCGGGCCGCGGGGACUCUAAGCCCCAAAAUCAUGUCAAAGUAACCGCAAGAUACUGGAAGAUAACUAUACGUUGUUACAACUUUUAUAACAACGUAGAGAACCUUUUGUUUCGUUGUUAUGUGGUGUGUGGGAUGGUGCGGUGGUCCUGGUUACCUGGUUGGUGGGGUUCUGGGAGUUCUUCUACUCCCCAAGAACCUAUAUGACUUGUGAGAGUUUGGUCCACCAGGCUGUUGCUUGGAGCGGCCCGCAAAGCGGUUUAUAUUCAUAAACAAGAAGGCUAUGACGGGUUUAUUGGGGAGUUGGUCGAGUCUGACAAAGCUACUAACAUAGUUGCCAUACACUACAGUGUCUUCUUGUAUGGUCACCUUGCCAUGAUUUCAGGGCUUAACUUCUCCGCGGCCCGGUCCUCAACCAGGCCUCCUGGUCGAGGUGUUCUUGGUUCAGAACUAACACCAUCACCACUGGCGCCACAGAACCACUGGGAAAGUAUGCGAGAUCGGAUCAGAUUCUACAGUUAAUAGACAACAUUAAGACAGUUUGAAUACCUUUGUCCAUGUCAUCCCUGGUUGGCAGUACUGCCUGGAACAUAACCAAGUUACCCGUGUGUAGAGCUGUCUCGUUUUCUAAUAUGUGAUUUGGUCGAGCCUUUAUUAAGAGGAGCGAUGUAUGGUGAUAUUGGACGUGUUGGUUCUUAGUUUGUUGGUGGAGGUGUAGGGUGCAGGCGUUAGUGUAGGGUGCAGGCGGUGAUGUAGGGUGCAGGUGGUGUGGCUCUGUGCACGUUAUUAAAGGUCAAACGUGCUUACUGUUGUGUAAUGGUGCCGUCAGUAUCUAUACAGGAGGUGGUGGUAUUCAGAAGAUGAGUGGAGUGCUCUGCUGUACGCGUGAUGUCUGCUGCUGCUGGUGCUGCUCCCCCCAAUGAGUGGGGGUUACUGUUGUGUCUGCUGGAGCCUCCUGCUAGCUCUUGGCUCCCAUAUUUCUAACCCUCGGAAGCCUAGUUUACGGACUCUCGGUUCCUCUUGCAUAUUUGCUAUGUAAUUAUCUCUCUCUCUCUCUCUCUCUCUCUCUCUCUCUCUCUCUCUCUCUCUCUCUCUCUCUCUCUCUCUCUCUCUCUCUCUCUCUCUCUCUCUCUCUCUCUCUGGGGUGUAAAUCGUACUCUUUUUUGCUUUGUAGGUGGAAUGUUUGCAGUUUAACUCCGAACGUGAUUCCCUGAUAUUCUUGCAUUAUUGUUGGUGUCACUGACCUACCUUACGGCUGUAAUAUAUAUUACUGUCGUCCGGGACAGGAAGCCUAUCUUAGGCUUAACGGGGUCCCCCCCCCCCCAUCUCCUAAGCCAACUACUGACCUUCCACAGGAUGCCAACCACAACAGUUUACAGACUCCUGGGCACCUAUUUUACGGCUAGCUGAAUAGAGGCAUAGGGUGAAAGAAAACGAGCCCAACCAUAUCUGUCCCCGCUCGGGGAUCGAACCUGGGUUCCCGACUGAAAUUUUUGUAUAUGUUCAAUACCGGUUGGUUUUUCAUUAUGUAGAUUUCAUAAUAUUUUUUUCCUUGCAGGUGUUUUUUGUAUAUUAUUAAUGAAAACAGUGCUAGAGAACACUACAGAAAAUGUUCAUGAUGGGUAGACUAUGGUAGAGUUUGACAUGAUACAAUGGAGAGUGACUUUGAUCCGCUGAUUAGAUCUCUGUCCACCGUUGACGGUGACGACCUGGUGAGCUGGUGCAGUGACGGUGACUACGGCACCUGCAAGGCUUACCUGGCCCACGUCAUCAGUGUGGACGAGGAGGACGAUGAUAGCGGCCAGGAGGACGAGGAUGUUUGGGACGAGAAUGCUUCAGUCCGGGAUGAACGUCCCACUCUCUACAUCACAGAAAAUGGGGUUGGCGCUGACUCCAUUGAUGGACAGACUAAAGUAUCCUUUGCGAAUGGCGCUCGGGACGUGUGCGGCGGUAAAUGUUUCGAUACAGUGAAAGAUUUGGUCAAUGAAGAUGAUGAUAGUGAUGUGCCGGGAAUGUGUUGUUGUGAAGUGCGUGAUGGACAGCUAGUUGAUAGUGAUGAUAGUGUUAGUGACCUCGGGAAAUGUGUGGAAACUCGCCCGCGUAGUGUCACCAUCGAAGUGACUACUGAAGACGAAGGGAAUGAUAUAUUCUUAUGUGAAUCGUCAGCCGCCGAGUCUUAUCAGUCUCCACAGUUCGCGGCGCCUCCAGACGAGCCCUUCGAGGCUCCUGCUGGACGCGCUGAUGGCGGAGAUGACGUAAGACGUCUGGCCAGGAAUCUGGGUCAAGAUGUGCGUACUAAUUGCGCAUUCGUGACCCAUAACGUAAGCGAAGUUCCACAAACUUUCUCGAAUGCUUUUUCUGACGUGAAAAGCACUAACGAGGAUACUUAUCGCUCUAAUAAUCCUGACGCACAGAAUGACUUUUGUAGAGUCUGUGAAACAAACCGGGCCUCGGGGACACCGCCCCCUGACAUUCUCCGAAGAGAGUCUUGUGAAGACGACGGACAUGUGACCAAUUCUGAGGAUGGGGAGAAUGCCUUCCUCGUCAGCGGCGUCUGUGGAGUCUGCAACACGUCACGUGAAAGUACCGACGCAGAUCUUCAAACAGAGAGAGCAGAGGCGGCCAGCCCGCCGCUGGGAGCUGUCCUGCAGGAUGCCUGCGUGUCCAGCAUCACCAGCGAGCAGGACAUGACGCCAGACACAGAUGAGAAUGUAUCAGAGUUAAGAUUAUCUUCACACCACGAGGCGCCCGUCGAUGAUAUUGUUAACAAGGAGAAAAAGGCGGAUGUAAACGGAAACAUUAAUUUUGUGUUUAGCGAGUUGGCUGAGAUAACACAGUACGUUGGCAACAAGGGUCUUGAUGACCUUAGACACGAAGUAAGACCCGCCAUGAUGGAAGGAACGUUGGGAGACGAAUGUACUGAGAAAUUAAAGGAUAUUAGCAUGGUUCUGUAUGUGCAGGAACCGGUACGAGAGGCAGAGAAUGAGAGAGUUAAAUUAAACAUGUUUCCUGGAGAUACUGAAAGCGACUGGAAAGAGGAACCACUCGGAGAGGACCUCCUGCAGGAGGCGACGAAGACACUAAGUCAGGAGGCAGCAGGUAUUGGCACUGCUGAUCCAGAAAACAUCCUGGACUCUACAUACUCAUAUUUAAAAGCCAAAGAUGAGGAGAUAAUUGCUCUGGGUGAUUGGAGCAGCCUAGGGAAGGACGAUGGGGCACCCAAUAUAGGUGUUGAUAGCCCUGACAACAAGAGCCAAGGCGAGGGCAGGAUGGAGCACCACUAUGAUAAUGACGUCAUAUCUGGCGUUACAUCCGGUGUAACCAAAAAAUGUACCAUCAGUGCCCGUGCUGAGUGUGUGGACGCAGUGUGUGUUGCUCAGGCUGGUCAACAAUUUAGCAGAAAGGUAACAAUAGGAGAGAGUGAAGAGGGGCGAAGAGAGGAGGUGGAGGAUGACGCCCUGUUAGAGGAAGAGACGGCAAGGCUCGCUACUUGGGCCCACAGUGACUUAAUAGCCAAGGAUGGCGCUAGUUUAUACGUAGUAGAGAGCGGGAGGAGGAGGAGGUGCUGGGGCAGUUGUGGCCAGCAACGAGAACAGGGGCGUGUUAAGGCGCUUCCAACCUUUCAGAACUUGGGUGCUUCUUGUGAAGUGACGAUUCCUAGAACAGGUACAUAUCUAGAGGAACUUUCUUCUGAAACUUUAAGAAAUCAAAAUAAGUUUCAAUGUGUGAAACUCGGCGAGAGUCAGACAGGGGAAAACAAACAUAGAGAUGUUGAUGAUAGAAAGAACGUAAAAUUAGAUCAUUUGGAGUUUAUUUCACGUUCUGAAUGUGAAGACCAAGUCGACUUUGCUCCUUCCCUGCAGGUUAAUGUUUCUCCUGCCACACCUGGUAGACGGUCACAACGUUACUUAUCGAGUGUGUUCGAUUUUUCUCGUGGUGACGCUAGCGAGGAAAUAAUUAGCACACGGUCAGAGAGUCUAAAUUUGAAUGAAACCAGUUGCGAGAACACUUACAGUGUUACUUAUGUGAGAGAACCCGAGCCUAAGACUCAACAUCACAUUGACCAGAAGGUAAACACACUUACAUACGCCGGCGAAGCUAAAGUGCGCUGCUUGCAGGCGAGUAGCGGUGACGGGCGUGACGGUGACGGGCGUGACUGUGGCGAGCUGUGUGUGCUAUCUGGCGUGACCACCAGAGACGAACCUGAUCCCCAGGUUAACCACGUCGACACAGCCGCCAGGCUUACCACUGCUGAGGAAGGUGAGCAUCCCUAUGAGGUGAACGAAAGUGGUGACUCACGUGUUAGUGGAGAAGGUAACGACGAUAACGACCCGUUAUUAAGGUCAGCAGAUGAAGCAGAUAAAUAUCUUGAUGACGCAGAGCACCGCAAUAAUUGUGAGGUUUCGCUGACCAACUCCCAGAUCGAAGAUCAGUGUGUCGGUGGCGACAGUGAGAACUCGGAGGGCCCGCGCGCUCCUGCUGUGGCCAGCAAGAAGGUUGGCGACGCUGCUGAAGAACCAGUUGGCGACGCUGCUGAAGAACCAGUUGGCGACGCUGCUGAAGAACCAGUUGGCGACGCUGCUGAAGAACCAAUUGGUGACGUCGAAGAACCAGUUGGUGACGUCGAAGAACCAGUUGGCGACGUCGAAGAACCAGUUGGCGACGCUGCUGAAGAACCAGUUGGCGACGCUGCUGAAGAACCAAUUGGUGACGUCGAAGAACCAGUUGGCGACGUCGAAGAACCAGUUGGCGACGCUGCUGAAGAACCAGUUGGUGACGUCGAAGAACCAGCUGGCGACGCUGCCGAAGAACCAGUUGGUGACGCUGAAGAACCAGUUGGCGACGCUGCCGAAGAACCAGUUGGCGACGCUGCUGAAGAACCAGUUGGCGACGUCGAAGAACCAGUUGGCGACGUCGAAGAACCAGUUGGCGACGCUGCUGAAGAACCAGUUGGCGACGCUGCCGAAGAACCAGUUGGUGACGCUGCUGAAGAACCAGUUGGCGACGCUGUCGAAGAACUAGUUGGCGACGCUGUCGAAGAACCAGUUGGCGACGCUGCCGAAGAACCAGUUGGCGACGCUGCCGAAGAACCAGUUGGUGACGUCGAAGAACCAGUUGGCGACGCUGCCGAAGAACCAGUUGGCGACGCUGCCGAAGAACCAGUUGGCGACGCUGCUGAAGAACCAGUUGGCGACGUCGAAGAACCAGUUGGCGACGCUGCCGAAGAACCAGUUGGCGACGUCGAAGAACCAGUUGGCGACGCUGUCGAAGAACCAGUUGGCGACGCUGCCGAAGAACCAGUUGGCGACGCUGCUGAAGAACCAGUUGGCGACGCUGCCGAGGAACCAGUUGGCGACGUCGAAGAACCAGUUGGCGACGCUGCCGAGGAACCAGUUGGCGACGCUGCCGAGGAACUAGUUGGCGACGCUGCUGAAGAACCAGUUGGCGACGUCGAAGAACCAGUUGGCGACGCUGCUGAAGAACAAGUUGGCGACGCUGCCGAGGAACCAGUUGGCGACGCUGCCGAAGAACCAGUUGGCGACGCUGCCGAGGAACCAGUUGGCGACGUCGAAGAACCAGUUGGCGACGCUGCCGAGGAACCAGUUGGCGACGUCGAAGAACCAGUUGGCGACGCUGCCGAAGAACCAGUUGGCGACGCUGCCGAAGAACCAGUUGGCGACGCUGCCGAAGAACCAUUUGGUGACGUCGAAGAACCAGUUGGCGACGCUGCCGAAGAACCAGUUGGCGACGUCGAAGAACCAGUUGGCGACGCUGCCGAAGAACCAGUUGGCGACGUCGAAGAACCAGUUGGCGACGCUGCCGAAGAACCAGUUGGCGACGUCGAAGAACCAGUUGACGACGCUGCCGGAGAACCAGUUGGCGACGCUGCCGAAGAACCAGUUGGCGACGCUGCCGGAGAACCAUUUGGUGACGUCGAAGAACCAGUUGGCGACGCUGCCGGAGAACCAUUUGGUGACAUCGAAGAACCAGUUGACGACGCUGCCGAGGAACCAGUUGGCGACGCUGCUGAAGAACCAGUUGGCGACGUCGAAGAACCAGUUGGCGACGCUGCUGAAGAACCAGUUGGCGACGCUGCCGAAGAACCAGUUGCCGACGCUGUCGAAGAACCAGUUGGCGACGCUGCUGAAGAACCAGUUGGCGACGCUGCAGAAGAACCAGUUGGCGACGCUGCUGAAGAACCAGUUGGCAACGCUGCUGAAGAACCAGUUGGUGACGCUGUCGAAGAACCAGUUGGCGACGCUGCCGAAGAACCAGUUGGCGACGCUGCCGGAGAACCAUUUGGUGACGUCGAAGAACCAGUUGACGACGCUGCCGAAGAACCAGUUGGCGACGCUGUCGAAGAACCAGUUGGUGACGUAGAAGAACCAGUUGGCGACGCUGCCGAGGAAUCAGUUGGCGACGCUGCUGAAGAACCAGUUGGCAACGCUGCUGAAGAACCAGUUGGCGACGCUGUCGAAGAACCAGUUGGUGACGUAGAAGAACCAGUUGGCGACGCUGCCGAAGAACCAGUUAGCGACGCUGCCGAAGAACCAGUUGGCGACGCUGUCGAAGAACCAGUUGGCGACGCUGUCGAAGAACCAGUUGGCGACGCUGCCGAAGAACCAGUUGGCGACGCUGUCGAAAAAACAGUUGGCGACGCUGCCGAAGAACCAGUUGGCGACACUGCCGAAGAACCAGUUGGCGACGCUGCCGAGGAAUCAGUUGGCGACGCUGCUGAAGAACCAGUUGGCGACGCUGCUGAAGAACCAGUUGGUGACGUCGAAGAACCAGUUGGCGACGCUGUCGAAAAAACAGUUGGCGACGCUGCCGAAGAACCAGUUGGCGACGCUGUCGAAGAACCAGUUGGCGACGCUGCCAAAGAACCAGUUGGCGACGCUGCUGAAGAAACAGUUGGCGACGCUGCCGAAGAACCAGUUGGCGACGCUGCUGAAGAACCAGUUGGCGACGCUGCCGAAGAACCAGUUGGCGACGCUGCUGAAGAACCAGUUGGCGACGCUACCGAAGAACCAGUUGGCGACGCUGCCGAAGAACCAGUUGGCGACGCUGCCGAAGAACCAGUUGGCGACGCUGCCGAAGAACCAGUUGACGACGCUGCUGAAGAACCAGUUGACGACGCUGCUGAAGAACCAGUUGGCGACGUUGUCGAAGAACCAGUUGACGACGCUGCCGAAGAACCAGUUGGCGACGCUGCCGAAGAUAUCAACUACGAUGUAGAUAAACAAAUUAACGAAGCCGAAUAUAGAAGCACGAAGAAAACACUUGAGUUGGCCGAAGGAAGAAAUAGUGAAACAGAAGAAAAACUAAGUAGUGUAGAGGAGGAGGAACAACAGAGAAGUGUAGAGGAGGAGGAACAACAGAGUAGUGUAGAGGAGGAGGAACAACAGAGUAGUGUAGAGGAGGAGGAAGAACAGAGUAGUGGCGCAUCUGAAAGUCAACUAAGCUCUCUAACUGUAGUAAAUUGUGAUGAAUCUGUAGAUGAAACUAUUGGAGAAGUGAGCCCGCAAGAUGCUGAGAACCUGGCGAAGGAACAAGGCGAGUUAGAACAAGGUGUCGUCGACAGGAACCCACUUGUCACUGGAACUGGAGACGACGAGGUCGUGCUUGAAGACACUCCUGUAGAGGACUUGCUUGAAGAAAGCAGGCGCCUGAUUAAAACUGACAUGAGCAGUAACCGCGACUCUGGCACCAGCUACCUCAGCGAGGCGGACAACGACUUCAGCGACGACGACACCCUCGUUGGACGCAGCAGCGACGGCGACGGCGUUGUCAUGAGCGGCACAGAGGAGGGCAGCAGCAGUGGCAGCGCCGGAGGCAGCUGCAGGAACAGCGACGAGAUCUUUUUCAAGUCACACAGGAGGGAUGACAGUGGCGUCGAAGUGGGCAGCUGUUACAGCGAUCACCAGGUGGACCACCACCUGGACCACCACCUGGACCACCAGCUGGACCACCAGGUGGACCACCAGGUGGACCACCGCCACCACCUGUGCCGCUGCCACAGUGGCUGCUACCAGCAGGACAUAGACUCGAAGUACACCAGACGAAGGAACAGUGAAGUCGCGUAUGGAAGCUCAGGAAUAGAACACUUGGGAAACAGACGUCUGGAGACAGAGUGCCCGCGCGAACAUGACGAUAACAUCAGUGUUAUGAGUGAAGUGAUCGAUGUGCCUCCUGAAGGUGAUCAAGGGGGGGAGGGGGACGAACCCGGCGGCAGGAGAUUUAAAAGGAGCCGCCAACACCAGUUUAGGAUCGGCAGACGCUUCAGCAGCCAGAAGAUGGUGAGGAAGAUGAAGAAGGCUGUCCACUUCGGCAAGAAGUCUACCAACUCUGAGAUCGACAUCGAAGUCCAUCACACCAAGAUCCAACUUCCCCAACAAGAAAGCUUCGGGAAGCGGUCGGGAGGUGGAGGCAGGCGAGCCAAUGAGUGUCUUAUUCUGGAGCCCUCCGAGAUGAUCGUGAUUGACUACCCAGACGUGCAGUUGAUGCGUCCAGGGCAGCGCGUGUCGUGCAACACCAUGAACUUGGAGAAGUUGAUGGCCCUGGAGCAAGACGAGAUCACUAUCAGGCCUGGGGGUCGUGGGGCGCCGCCCCCUCCACCUGGCCACCACCACCAUCAGUACGAAGCUGAUCACCACCACCACCACCAUCACCUGCCGCACCACCACCACUCCCACCACGACACCUACCUGCCCGACCUGGUGGGCAGCGCCAUCCUGAGGGGCGCCAGGAGUCGCGGUAGUGUCGGCUCCUCCGUGCGGGACGGCUCUGACACCUCCAGUGCCUACUCCGGCUCUGACACCAUGUGUCACUCCUUACAGUCCUCCCUCGAGCCAGACGACGUUGACCUCUCGGGUCUGACAGAGAGCGCAGUGGACUCUGACGAAGAAGACUUGGCCGAGAGCAUUGAGAGCUUAGCAGUCCGGGAUGCAGUCCGGGAGUGUCUGGAGAAGGAUCCCAGCGAGAGGACGGAGGAUGAUAUCAAGGUGUUGCUCGAGUUCACACAGCGACUUCGGGCAUUUUCCAACAUGACGCUGGCGGUCAGGAAAGCUAUGUGUCAAGCUAUGGUUUUUGCUGUUGUGGAGGAGGCUGGAACUAUUCUCAUGAAUCACGGUGAAGAGCUGGACUCGUGGAGUGUCAUUAUCAAUGGUCACGUUGAAGUGACUCAGCCUGAUGGCUCCGUUCAUGAGCUUCAUCUAGGAGACAGCUCUUUUCUUUCUCCUAGUUUUGGUAUCACUCCAACGAUGGAGAAACUUUACCAUCAAGGCACCAUGCGCUCCAAAGUGGACGAUUGCCAGUUUGUUUGCAUCCGUCAGACAGACUAUUAUCGCAUCCUACACCAGUCUGAGGAGAACAUACGCCGUCAUGAAGAGAAUGGAGUACUGGUCUUGGUAACUGAGCAGAGGCCUAUAGAUGCAGGCAACAGAAAGGGCAAUAUUGUCAUCAAGGGUACCGCUGAAAGACUCAUGCAUCAGUUGGUGGAGGUUGAAAAUAAUGUGGACCCAACAUAUGUGGAGGACUUCUUGCUUACUCACAGAACAUUUAUAGAGUCUCCACUUGUAGUUGCCAAUAAACUGUUACAAUGGUUUGAAGAUCCAUCUCUGCGAGACAGAGUGACUCGGGUGGUGUUGUUGUGGGUUAAUAACCACUUCACUGACUUUGAGAUGGACCCAGUCAUGAUGAACUUCUUAGAACAAUUUGAAGAAGGUUUAGAGAGAGAGAAAAUGGCCGGUCAGCUCCGUUUGUUAGAUUUUGCUUGUGCCACCAAAGCUCGAGCAAGAACCGUGACAUUGACAAGACCUAGCAGGGAUGAGAUCCUUCAUUUCUCCAUUUUAGGAGGAUAUGAAAGAGGAUAUGGUAUAUUUAUUUCAAAGGUUGAGAAAGGAAGCAAGGCAGAAGAUGUUGGUUUGAAGCGUGGUGAUCAGAUUUUGGAAGUUAACGGACAGAGCUUUGAUCAUAUGAAUCAUGCAAAAGCACUUGAAAUCCUUCGACAAACUUGUCACUUGUCUAUUACUGUUAAGAGCAAUUUAUUAGCAUUCAAAGAGAUGUUAACUACACCAGAAAAUUCUCCAAGACCACGAUCGAGGAAAUCUUCAGAUGUACGUGGCAUUGCUGAUAUUAAUAGUCACUUGGCACACAACUCUGCCUUUACCUCUGCCAUGAAUAUUCCAAUUGACCAUAUUCAGCAGUCCCCCAGGGAUAAAGGCAAAGUUGGCAAUAAUAAGGGCUCCUUCAUGACGACAAAAGCCAACAAACUCAAGAAGAAGGUUAUAGAGUCUCUCAUGCCAAAGAAUAAUGCAUUUGAUCAAGACUCUCAAGCAAACAGCGAUGAUAGCGUUUCAUCACACUCGAGUGUAGGUGGGGGAUUAUACCAUAGCCAAAGCAAUCCUGAUCUAAGCACAACGGGAACAUACGACGAUGUGAGAACUGAAUUCCCAGAGCAUGUCUUAAAGGUAUACCGAGCAACUGAUCAACAAGCAAGAUUCCUACCCGUACACAAGGAGACAACAGCACGAGAAGUGGUGAUGCUUGCAUUACAAAUAUUCAAUAUUAAUGACCCAACUGGUUCAUCCAAUUAUGCUUUAUAUGAGGUUACUGUGACAGAAGAAGGGAUCACGAAACAAAAGCGAUUGCCCGAUUCCUUACAGAAUUUGGCAGAAAGAAUAGGAUUGAGCAGCAGGUAUUAUUUAAAGAAUAUCACAGUUUCCCAGACACUCUUUCCUGAUGAUAUUGUCAGUGAAUUAAUAAGAGAGUCUACAGUGUACUUCCUUCAGCUUAACUCUGUCGAGCUAGCCAUUCAACUUACCCUUGAGGACUACACAGUAUUUCGUCAGAUUGAGCCCACAGAAUAUAUCGACUACCUCUUUAAUCUCAAGUCUAAUUAUGGAACUCCUGCUUUGUCUCUGUUUGCGGAGCUUGUGAAUCGAGAAAUGUUUUGGGUGGUGUCAGAAGUCACCUCGGAACACAAUCUAGUCAAACGUUCGAAGACUGUAAAGCAGUUUAUUAAAGUAGCAAGGCAAUGUAAGGAGUGUAAAAACUUCAACUCAAUGUUUGCUAUCCUAUCUGGCCUGGGCCACGGGUCAGUCUCCAGACUGAAGCAGACAUGGGAACGUUUACCUUCCAAGUAUCAACGAAUGUACCAUGAAAUGCAAGAACUAAUGGAUCCCUCAAGAAAUAUGAGCAAAUAUCGUAACUUGGUUCAGAACGAAAAUAUACAAUCGCCAAUUAUUCCAUUCUAUCCAGUUGUUGCAAGAGAUUUAACCUUCACUCAUGAGGGCAAUGAUGAUAAGGUUGAAGGCCUCAUUAACUUUGAGAAGCUUAGAAUGAUCUCAAGAUACAUCCGGGACCUUCAGAAUAUGUGCUCUGCGCCUUAUGACUUGUUCAACAUCCAAGAUGCUGGCGGACAACCACCAAGUUCUGCAUUAAUCUCCCUCAACCAGAUGGCGGCUGGAGGACACCAGAUUGCCACAGUUAAGAGGCGUAAGAAGUCUACCGCUGCCCCUGAUAAAAAGAAGAUGUACGAAGAGGCUCAAAUGGUUCGACGAGUGAAGGCGUACUUGUCUCGCAUGAGCAUUAUUACGGAUGAAGAGCAGCUUCGCAACAUGUCCUAUGAGUGUGAAGGUGGUUCAGAGGGCCACAAAACAGCUGGUGGGUCAGUUAGUCAUAACAGCAAUAGCAGCAGUGGUUCAAAUAGUGCUCCACCAACUAAUCCUCCACCCAGAAAGCGUCCUAAUUCUCCCACACCAUCCACCACCUCUUCAACAUCCUCAACAUCACAGACAUCUGAUGGAAAGAAACAAACAGCAAAAUUUGGAGCUACAUCUCCCCAGUCCAUAAGCAAGAUGAAGGCCCUGGCCGAGCCCAAGACGAAGCCUCAUCACGGCCCGCGCUCCACCACUACCCACCAUUCACUCUCUCCCACCCCUUCCCCUGGCCCUCCCCGCAGGGGAGCCAUGACCAACAAUAAUUCUCGCUCUACUCAUGAGCGUUCUCAUUCAGACACCCAUGCAGUACCUGUGGACCUUAGUGCAGAGUCUUCCUCUGUCACCUCCCUAUCCAAACUCCAUAAAUCCCACACCUCAGGUUCAAUGACAUCAACCGAGUGUCAUGUAGGCCUGGGUGAAUCUGACUCGGGCAUCUCUACCCAUUUUGAUGGACACUCCUCCUCCUCGCUGGAAGUUGGAGGAGUUCUAGGCUACGACUGCCUCUAUCACUCUUCUCCUCCAGCCCACCACCGACGAUACUCUCAUCAACCAGAAUCACGGUCGCGGCCCCCUUUCCCGCAUGCAGUGGCCGUACUGCCACCUGUCCCAGCAGCAGGCAUGGGUGGUAUGGGUAGCGCGCGUAUUCGGCGUGGAGCUCCGGGUGUUCCUCCCGACUAUAUAGCAACCCAGCUCAGAAUGAAACAGAUGGGACGUGCUCUUUCUCACGAUGGUGUUCAAUAUUAUCCUCAGACACACCAUGAUGGCACUUAGUCAAUCAACACACAAGAAUUUACUACAAAAGCAUGUUAAGAAUUUUGUUAUGAGUGAAUUGUUAUUUCUUCAAAUAUUUCUUUAUAUUGUAUAACAAAACCAAAAAAUCAUUAGUAUAUGUCAGUGAAAGUAUAUAUGUAUUGUUAAAUUUGCAGACGAAGAAGAGGACGCUCAAGUCUCUGCUGUUUAAGCGCUAAUCUGCUUAGCACGAGGUGAUGAACCUAGUCCCAUACUGGCUUAGCCUCUUUAACAGGAAGACGUGAAUGAUUUUUCCAUAAACUUUACAAGACUAGCCUUGAAGAGUUUCUUGUAACACUUUAUUGCCUAUCUCUAAUUUGCUUAGCAAUUAGAUCAUGUGGCAAGCAAGUCAACUAAGAAACCCAAAUUUGCUUAUCUUGUAGGAAUGAAAGUUCAGAAGCCAAAGAUAGAUGGUUCCCAGUGGCUAAGAGAGUUGACAUUUGGAGCUUUUAAUGUGAUAAUUCAUAAUGAGAAUCUGUGAGGCACAAUGAUUACAUCAUACAAUACAAAAGAAUUCAUUUGAUAAUUGUUCAGAAACAUACUUUGAAAGAUUGCUGGUACUCAAUUAUUAGAAGAACAAAAAGUUGUAUUAAAUGGGUUGACUAGAGAUUGAUCCAAUUUGUCAAUUUUCUGGCCAUGGGAUAUUUUGGGGCACAGCUUCAUUAAAACUUUUUAUGGAUAUAAAUACAUGUAGAUCAUGAUUAUAUGUGGAUGUCCUUGUAUAUAUUUAUAUAGAUAGUUAUAUCCAUGUCCAUAUGAUUAGUUAUUAAAUAUAAUGCCUAGUUGUAUGUAAUGAGGUCAGCAAUUUUGAGGCUUAAUCAUUACUUCUGUAUGAGACUUUUUAACACUGUAAAUAAAAAAAUAAUAAACCAUAUGGAAGAUAAACAUAAGACUCGAGAUGUUGACUCCUCAGUGACCAUUGGUGGAUUUAGAUUAUCCACAUCCUAAUGUCUGUCUCUUAAGAUAAAACCAGCCAGCCACUUCGUCGUCCAAAUCCAACCUAACCCAGGGAACCACUAAUGCUUAGCUAGAAGGCAACCAUCCCCUGUCAUGGUGGAUUUAAGUUAUCAUUUAUCUUAUCUCUUAUUUAUUUUUGAACGGCUAAGCAGCAGCUUCGGAGGUAAGAGGUUAGUAGGUUGCUCUAUUAUGGUUAUCCCUGAUGGUAAUUUUGAGUAUAAAUGAGAUAUUUUCAGAGCUCGGUGAUGUAAAUGAUAAGAAACUUUAUGGUCAAUUUACUGUCAUAGGAUAUUAGAUAUUGAUAUCCCUGAAUGGUAUUUGUAAUUCCUUCUUAGUAAGGAAUUAUUGUAUUCAGAUUUGUGAUUUUUUUUUUAUUUUUUUUUUAAUCCUUUGAUUAAAUUUCUUUUUGCAUUUCAUGAAUGUUUGCUGUAAUGUUAACAAAAAUAUCCCAAUUAUAUAUCUUUGAUGUCUAAAAUUCAAGAGAACAUUCAGUGUAAUGUAAUUUUGUUGUAUUUUUUUCUAUCUGAUCAUGAGCUAUGUAUUUGUGUAAAGUGUGUGUCUGAAAUCUCAUUGUUCAGUGCUGGAUAUUUCACAUGUUAUUUUCUUGACAUGCAGAUAAGUAGAUACUCUUGCUAUAACUUCUUUCAAACCUGCGGCCCUUUCUGGAGGCCUGGAUGAGAAAUGUACAAAUAAAUACACUUCACUUUGUAA